AUGGAUUUGAACGUUGGAGUUCUGCCUCCUGCUCUGCUGACUCUGGUUCCAUUUCAGGCGAAGAAAAACGAGCUUCUCCUUGCCCAAGCCGAGCUUCGAAUACUAAUUGAGGUUUCAGCUCCAAGAGUGCAUAGGAAGAUGACGCCUGAGCGAUCUGUUGAAACCAGUUUAUCCAAGGUGUUGGAUAUGAGCAACUUCUGA